UCAAACUUUUAGUAGCGUUGUUGUCACCAUUUGGAGCAGUUCACUUGUGAAUACUUUAUUGUGGACUAUUUGCUUUUUGGUGUUCGCUGGUUCCCUUUUUGUGCAGUGGCGUUGAACUGUUUGUGUGAUUUAUUUAUUUGAUUGAAAGUUCGUAUUGCAUUUUAUGUAAAUAAAUAAAAGAAAAAGAAACAGUGAACUCGCGUAUGAAUUAACUUUUCAUUAAUCAACAUAAAUUGAAGUACAGCAGCGAAAGGCAUCUAAGCGGUGGAAAAUCAACGGUGUUUUAUAAAGUGAAUUUCGGAGUCACAAGUCAGUUGUGCCAUAGUACAAUAGCACGAAUAAUGAUGUCCAAGAGCCCUUUGGUCCAAACAGCACGUUUGGUGCGUCAUGGCUUCCAAAAACGGUCCGCCUCAACACUUCAUUCCAAAGCCUCACCAGCUGUCUUGCCAGAGAUACAAAGCGAAAUGCCCGACUGUGACUAUCAACCACCCCAAUAUACAGGUCCAAGUUACGCGAAAAUAUUGGAGAUACGUCAAAAGCAUAUCACACCCAACAUUACGCCACAUUUCAAGAAGCCACUGCUGAUACACAGCGGGCACAUGCAGUGGUUGUUCGAUCAUGAGGGUCGUCGUUACCUGGAUAUGUUUGGCGGAAUUGUUACGGUUUCCGUGGGACAUUGCCAUCCCAAAGUCAACCGCGCUUUGGAGCAACAGAUCAACACACUCUGGCACACGACAAACAUUUACAUGCACCCGAAAUUACAUGAAUAUGCCGAACGUUUGACGGCCAAGUUUCCUGGCGAUCUCAAGACCGUGUGCUUUGUAAACUCGGGCUCGGAGGCGAAUGACCUUGCAAUGCUCAUCGCACGCAUGCACACAGGCAACCAGGACAUUAUUACAUUCCGCAAUGCCUAUCAUGGCAUGUCACCCUACACGAUGGGACUGACAGCGCUUUCAACAUGGCGAUUUCCGCUACCUGGCGUCAGCAAUGGCAUACAUCACGUGAUGAACCCCGAUCCAUAUAUGGGCAUUUGGGGUGGUGCCGCAUGUCGCGAUUCGCCAAUACAAACUGAUCGUAAGUGCGAUUGCUUGCAGGAGACUGGCUGUUUGGCCGGCGCUCGUUAUUAUGAACAACUGGAGGAGGUCUUCAAGUAUUCAUUGCCACGCGGACGUGUGGCCGCCAUGUUUGCCGAGUCCAUACAGGGUGUUGGCGGUACUGUGCAAUAUCCCAAAGGUUAUAUCAAAAAGGCGGCAGAAUUGGUGAGGGCCAACGGCGGCUUGUUUAUUGCCGAUGAGGUGCAAACCGGUUUCGGACGCACCGGUGAACAUUUCUGGGGAUUUGAGGGUCACGACUUCAUACCGGACAUAGUUACUAUGGCGAAGGGCAUUGGCAACGGCUUUCCGUUAGCUGCCGUGGUGACUACGCCUAAAAUUGCUGCGGUAUUGGGUCAAGCGCUGCAUUUCAAUACCUACGGCGGCAAUCCAAUGGCCAGCACUGUAGGUAUCUCUGUGUUGGACGUUAUUGAAGAGGAGCAACUGCAGAAGAACUCGUUGGAAGUGGGCACUUACUUCUUGCAGAGCUUGGCGGGUUUGCGUGAUCGCUUUGAAAUGAUUGGUGAUGUGCGGGGAAAAGGGUUGAUGAUUGGCGUUGAAUUAGUAUCGGAACGCGCUACGAAGACGCCGCUAAGCGCACCGCAUGUAUCGGAAAUCUGGGAGACCUGUAAGGAUAUGGGUGUGCUCUUCGGACGUGGCGGUCUAAAUGGCAAUGUGCUCAGCAUUCGACCGCCACUCUGCGUCACCUACGACGAUGUCGACUUGGCAUUAAAUGUUUUAGAGACUGUUUGCAACCAACAUCUGGAGAAAAGAUUACGCAAUUGGCGCAGAAAUGUAUAAAGACGGCGGAGAAUGCGGCGGGUCUACUCUAAACGAAUUUAUCCGAUAUAUCCGGCCUAGGACUACACUCCAGCAGCAUUCCACAAGGCGCAUGUUUUGAAGAACAUUCAUGCAGUUACAACAAUGGCAACAACAUGCUGAUUAUACUGAAUUAUUAGAAGUGCUCUCUGAACGUACAAAAUUUAUAUGAACAUAGUUUUUUUUAUAUUUUAAACCGACUAAAAAGCUUCGUCGCAUUUUGAACAACUUUUUAUAAAAAUUUUAUAUUUUAAAUUUAACAAGCUUUUACACGUAUUUUAUAAUUUUUUAAAAUAAGUUUAUAUAUGAAAAGUAGGUAGAAUUAAUCAAAUUAAAACAAAAACAUAUUUCACGUGGCCACCAGCUAAGAAUUGCGCAUUGCAUUUUUUUUCUUAAAAUCUCUAAAAUAUCCAUAAUUAAAGGGACAGAUACCUGUAAACGGCCAUAUUUUCCCUGAUUUUCAUUAAAAUUAUUUAAAAUGAAGAAGUCAAUAUAUUUUUUUUCAAAUUUGGUAUACAGUUUAUUUAAACAUUAAAAAAAUAUAUCUAUAUAUAUAUAUUAUUUUUUUAAUUUUAAUCAUUUAAAAUGGCAAAUGUAGACUCAAUUUUUCCAGGAAGUUCGCAGCAGGGCUUCUCAAUCGGCGGGCAUUGUAGCAAUGGCGUCAGUGAUAUACAAAAAACAAAAAAUUGUUUUGUUUAUUAAUGUCCUAAUUUCUAUAUGAAUUAAAAAUUAAAUGAAAAAAAAAAUCGCGGAAUAAAAUGCUUAAAAAAAAUGAAUUUUGGGGCGAAUUUUUCUAUAACUUUUGCUUCGAAAAAAUUAUUUUUUCGAAAAAUUUUCGAAAACUUUAAAUUCACAUAGAAAGUAAUAUCAUAAAAAAGAUGUGUGCGAAAUUUCAGGGAGAUCGGUCUAUAACUUUUCGAGUUAUCGUGUACGUCAAUUCGAAAAAUAUAGUAUUGAAAAAAAAACGCGUCUAAAGUCGGCAACGUAACUAUACCCCUCCCAGCGCUCGAACGCAAAGAAUAGAGUCGUCACGGUUGACGAUCUAUAAUAUUACAUAAGAAAUACUUAAAUUUACGUUCUAUAUUCUUAAAGGAUUAUAUUAUAUUAACAUUUUAUGAAAAAAAAAAUAAAUUUUUUUUUUCGAAAUUUUACAGGUAUCUGUCCCCUUAAAUCUACUUCAGAAAAUUUUUAACAUGAAAUAAAUUUGGUAUCUUCGCGAUGUGGGCGCAAUUAAUAAAACAAUCCCUGUUAGGCUGACAAGAUUUCACAUUUAUUUUGUUCAACACUACAACUUAGAAUAAAUCGGUUUAAAGUCCAUAUGUAAAUAUAUAUGGAAUCUGGUACAUAUACGCGUAGUCUAUUACAAAAUUGCUUUAGCAAGCUAACAACGGCCUAGAACAGGAAUAAACAUAUGUAUAUCAUAUCAAACAACCUACUUACAACAAUAAUUCUAAUGUACAUACAUACAUAUAUUUACAAGAAGUUGAUAUGCAGCAUAAACUACGUUAUAAGAAUCAGUUUCACAUAGCAAGUUUAACUCUGCUAUGUCUGAGGACCGGUCUUUCAGUGCAAGUUUAAUAGUUAGAUUUAGUAGCUACGAAAAGAAGCUUAUAAAUAGAAUGUAAAUAAUUGUAAAAAACAAGCAGUAUACUAAACUAGGUUUACAGUUAUUAUAUAACUCGAAUAAGUACAUAUGUACAUAUACAUACAUUUGUAUCCUUACUAAUAGCGCAGUUAACUUUUUGCUCUAUACACGAAAAAAAAGGUUUUUUUUCUCAAUUACAAAAGCGAGCGUGAAAGCGUGCGCGGAGCUUAUUAAAACUGAUUAGUGCGAAAUUGUCAUUAGAUUUAGGCACAGUUUGGUUGUUUUUAUAAACUCAGACCGUUUUUAUUUUUAUAAGAUACAGAGAAUACAAGCGAGAUUGACAGUUUUUAUUAAUUAUGUGCAUACAUAUGUAUGUACGUAUGUAUAAAAAAUAUGUAAACAAUUCGAAUAUAAUAUCUACAAAAAAUAAAAAAAAUUGCAUAUGUACAUAUGUAAAGGGUGUUUUUUAAGAGCUUCAGAGCUUAAAGCGAUAAUGCAAAACAAAAAUAUUGGAAUGAACUUAUUUUAUUAUAAACUGGCAGAUAAUUUCAUGGCAUUUAUUUUUUCAAUAUGAUUGCAUGGUCCAUUCGAUCAGUUCAAUUCUUGACUACUUUUUUCAAUAAAUCUGAAUAAUAAAUGUAAAAGAGUUUAAUCAGCAAAAAUGCGACGCAAACGAUGGUCAUUUAGCUUCAAUUCUCACAUUACGUAAAAUUUUCCAUGUAGUCGGAGCACAAAGCCUAACAAGUUGAGAAUGAUGAGGAAUCGAGAGUACGGCGUUUUCUUAAAUACUUUUCUUUAUGCACUUUGCGUACACAUUUAUUUUCAUCAAAGUAAAUUUCCACAACUUGGAAGCGCUGCUCUCGAGUUAAACGAUUCGUGAGACCUGCCAAACCUUACUGAAGAGAAAUGCCAACACAAUUUGCCAUGCUCAGCUGUCAAACCAUAGUUGUCGUUAUUGAUAGUUCUCAUGCAGCUAAAAAAACACCCGAUAUACAUGAAUUUCUUAAAUAGUAAAUUAACUAUACAUAAAUGUGCCCUUUUGACAAAACAACAUAAGUCCACUUAGCACUUUCAACCAAUCAAACAA